AUUGACCAUCACACAAUCUACACUAAAGUGAAGAUUUGACAAAAGAUUCAUCAUGGCAGUCAUGAGAGCUCUUGUGCUUCUUUUCUUGGUCUUUUCUGUUGAGAAUGCAGCAGCUGAAGGCUGCCCAAAUGGAUGGACACCUUUUGGUGUGCAAUGCUACAAAUUUUUCCCUCAGUCAGUUAACUGGGCCACAGCUGAGAAAAGCUGUCAAUCCAUUGAUGCAAAUCUUGCAUCUGUGCGCAGUACAGCGGAACAAAACUUUCUCCUGAGUCUGCUUGUGUCUGCCACCACACGUGCUUGGACUGGUGGCCAUGAUGGUGAAGUGGAAGGACAAUGGCUGUGGUCUGAUGGAUCUCAAUUUGACUUUACCAACUGGUGCUCUGGAGAACCUAACAAUAAUGGUGGUUCAGAGAACUGCCUGGAGAUAAACAAAAGCACUAACCGUUGCUGGAAUGAUGAGUCCUGUUCAUCCACAAUCAGCUACAUUUGUGCCAAACCUCUGGGAUCAUGAAAAAUCAAUCUGUUUCAAAAGUACUAUGAUUGUACUACAUGCCUGUACAUUUUUUCUGAUCUUAUCUUAAAAUCAUUAAAAUAUCUCUGAAAUGAUCAUUAUAAAUUACCGAAAACCUUUCUGAAAACUUUUCAAAUCAAUAAAAACAAUCAUAAAGCAAA